AUUCAAACCUCAGCAUUUUACAGCACGGGGGGGUGUAGGCGCAGCAGAUACCCUGCAGACAGCACCGCCAGCUGGUAUGGACCCGGAAGAGUGGGGAAAACUAUUGCGUUUCUAUACGAGGGAUGACCGGGUCAAGCGGGCCGAGACAAACAAGACAAACCGGUCCAAACAGGCGGUGGGGACUCAGGGUCGGCGAUCUAUUUCUCUUGCCCACGAUCGGGCGUUGGCCAAGCACCAUAACGAAAAGAAGGAGGGGCCACCGCCCACGUGGGAGUCGACUUGGGCGGCAACCCACAGAUUACAACCUCCGGAAGUUGCGUCUCGUCUGGAAGCUGCGCGGGUGAGACAUUCACAGGAUCCUGCACCGACACCUCCAACCCAGUUGUUCCCGGAAGCGUUUGGAUCGCGAUCGGGACAUCAGAAAAAACCUCGCUUCAGCCUGUCCCCAUCUUGUUAGUUCAUCGUAGAAUUGUUUGUUGUUUUCAUACUCGGCCAACAUAUGUAGUCGG